AUGUCAGAGGAGUCCAACCGAAGAGCCAGGGCAGACGAGGAAGGCGAUGGACUGCCGCCAGGGCUGAGUGCAGCCUUGCCGCCGGAAUGGCAUGCGCGACCGUUCUGCGUACUCCCACAGGGCAUCCCCGUGAUCUGGCUGGAGCGCCAGGAUGCCGAGCUUGUCCGGCGAAAGCCGGCGCCGAUCGUGCCGCGAGCUCCGAUGCCGCCAAUGGGUGCAUCAUCCUCCAGAUGUGGUUGUGGAGGGCACAUGCAGAGCCCUCUUCUUGGCCAACGAGUUGAGAGCAAAGAAUGGUUCGCAAACAAUGCCAAGUUGAAGGAGGCACUGCAGUCUCACAACAGCGUCAAACAGAUGGAGGCAAACCAUGUCUUGCGGGAGGCCAGGGCUUGGUCUGACAGCGUGUCGCUUUCCCAGUUCCUCUCGGGCGGCUCCUCGAAGGUGUCCUACUCGGAGCCGUCACAAUGCUCAACAGAAGGUUUGAAUGCUGCCUAUUGCAAUCCGAAGUCUUUUCGAACGACGCUUCCUGCUCCCAGCAGUGCGCGAGAACACAGGCGAGCGAUCAUGUAA